CGGCGCGAUGCUCGCAGACAUUUCUUGCGCUCCUAGCUGUUGGACAGAAGCACCGGUGGAGCGCAGACCUGCUCAGAGCCCGUUAGAGUAUCAGUGAAUGAAAAAGGGACGGAGUCUCCUCGUUUAUCAAGAAUGGAAACGUGAGGUUCGUUGUUGAAUGAGCUUUAACGACAGAAACGCUGCGUAACCGAAACAACACGCCUGCAAGGAAGAGGGGCUUGUGCGCUUUGGCACAGGAGGGAAGAUCCAGAUUUAAACACCAGCUGAGCGUUAAGGACAAUAACAUUGGCUAAUUUCAACCAUGAGAAUGUUAACUUGGACUAUUAUCCGUAGUUUUAAUUCAUAAUUUUUUAACUUAACACUUAGAGUAAGGGGUGGAUAUCGCCCAUAUUUGCUCAUUCGGCUUCUUCCAACCGUGCCAAUGCUGGGAUGGCUUGUAGCUUUGUGCAUUACGAUCCUGGUGGUCCUAAUCUGGCCAGGCUCCAAAUAUUUUGCCAACAAGAGCAAGACGGAUACUUUGCUUCAAGGAUUUGAGAUUUCUCAACAGGCAGCGAAGGAGAACACCGGGAGGUGCGACUCAGACCGAAAAGGGAGCGACGGGACCGGCGAGAAAUCAAGCACCGUGGCAUUCAUCUGCAAACCGUCAGCUCUUGCAAACUAUCUCCUUAAAAACUGCAGGACUUUCAGUAAUUUCACACCUUGUUUCGGGUGGACGUGGAAGGCUAGCGCCUUACUGCAGAGUGUGUACGAGGCGUGCUGGCCGUACGACAGCCCGGUCCAGUUCGUGCGGGACAACCUGCAGCUGAGCGACGAAGGGCUGGUGGCCUUGGACUGGGCUGUGCCAUCCUAUCAGAAACGACGUAGGACCUCCAGUCACUCCACCAGUCCGGUCCUGCUCAUCAUACCAAACUCUUUUGGGAAGAUCACAAGAAAUGUGUUAAAGUUGUGUGAAACUGCACUCUCUCAUGGCUACCUUCCAGCAGUUUUCAACCGCCGCAGCCACAAUGGCACCCCACUCACCACCCUCAAACUGCAGCAGUUCGGCGACCCUGCAGAUCUGCGCGAGGCUGUGCGAUACAUUCGCCACAGACAGCCUGCAGGGAGACUGUACGCAGUAAGCGAGAGCACUGGGUCCGGCCUGCUCCUGUCUUACCUAGGGGAGUGCGGAUCAUCCAGUUACGUCACCGCUGCCGUCUGCCUGUCGCCCGUGUUCCGCUGUCAGAGCUGGUUUGAGAGCGGGCUGUGCUGGCCGCUGCAGUGGGCACUGGUGCUCUACCAGAAGAUAUGUCUCAGCAGGUACAAGACGGUUCUGCAUGAGACCAUACAGACUGACACCCUGUUUUCCAGCUGUUCCUUGCGGAGCCUGGAGGAGUCGCUGUUCUGUCAGUCUGGACUAAUGAGCUCUGCCUCAGCAGCACCAUCAGGGAGCUGCAACAACACAGCAGGUGCCUGGGACACUUACUGGGAACGCAACGAACCCUUGAGGGACGUGGAUGAAGUAGCUAUCCCCGUUCUGAGCGUGUGCGCCCAGGAUGACCCCGUCCGAGGUGACACCCAAUCCACAAUCCCCUUGGAACUCUUUGAGACGAACCCACAUUUUUUCCUCCUCCUGACUGAACGUGGAGGUCACUGUGGUUUCUCCACCCAGCCAGAGGAAAGUGCAUUUAGUGCAGCUGGUUCUGCGGCGGUGCAAAACAGUGCGACUGCGAACCGUGGGACCAUGUGGUGCCACAAAGCCCUGCUGGAAUUCUUCAGGGCGACCACGGACUUCUUUGCGGCGGAGGAGAGAGCAAAGCAGCUCGCGGCGAGGAGGAGGGGGCUAGGGGGAGGGGCAGGCGGAAGAGUUUUCCGCCACCGCAGCGUCAGCACGUGUAAACGCGUGCCAGCGUGUUCCCAUAACAUCCAUGCCAUUUAUAACUGGCAGAGAUCCUACACCCGAUAAGCAACCUUUGUGGAGGUUUAUGGAGUUCACUGAUGCCUUGUGAUGUCGUCUAGAUUCUGGAUGUAAAGGUUUCAGGUUGUUGCCCGCAUAUUUGAUACACUGCUUCAAGUGCUCUUCUAGAAAAACCCAGCGUUUAUGAAGAAGUAGCGUCAUUGACUUACCUGAGGUAAAAGAAAAAAAUGUUUGUUGUUCUCAUAGGCUUGAUGUGAGGCAUUAAACACAGGGACAGUAAAAAAGAUCAAGAGAGGCAAACAGCUGACACUAAACUCUCCAAGUGGGGCGCCGUAUUUUCCAACAGACUGACACCACUCUUCACUGCCAGCUCUCCCACAGUUCUAAUGUCACACAAACAUACAUCUGCCUCACGUUCUACACACUUUUCUCUACUUGCAAACACGACUGCACGAUGUCGUAUGGGACACCUAAAAGCUUGACACCUUUUUUAUGUUACUGUUAUUCCUUUUCUGACAAAAAGGAUGUUAAUUUGGGAGCUAAUGUGUUGACAGCACCGUGCCCUGACAGAAGGGAAAGUAAAUCCAGUAAAAUAAAUUGAAAUCAAUUUGUGUUGAAUUUCAAAGAGGAUAAAUAAACUUUGCGAUGUUAUUGUACACAGAGUUUACUGCGUGAGUUAUAGGAUGUCCUUCACUGUUUUGGUCCUGCGAUUGCCACCCAGUCUACUUCUAGAGAAAAUUCUGUGAAAUGAGGUUAUAUUUUAAAAGAGCAGAGUGUCUGAAAGCUCUUCUUUUUCUGUCUCAUCACUUAUUCUCUUUUGCUGCAGCUGCAUGGCUGCUUUGGCACUGAAACUGAGUGUUUCAGACUUAGCAGCAUAAGGAAUUCUGAGACAUUUCUCAAGUCUCUUGAAAUGUAGGUACUCAGCGCAUCGCGGUAAUAAAUUAUACAGAAGAUAAAUUAUGCAUAGUAUUGUGUUGAAAGUGUUUAGAAGAGCUUUACGGGAUAGCAUAACAGUUUUUAAAGCAGGAGGUUCAGACUCAUGGAUAGCAGAAGUCAGAACCAAAAACUACAAAGCGCUGUUUGUCAACUGAUUAUCAUGUUUUAUAAAAAUUCUAGACGCUUUUUAAAUGUGUGUAAUAUGACAGUAUGUGAUUGGAGUUAAAAACUAUGAACUAAUAAAUUAAAAAUGAUGACAAACUGGGA